AUGUUAGCGGCUCUUCGAGGGCCGAGUGUGGUGGCGAGCGGGGGGAUCAACGGACCGAACAGGAGGAAGGUCAUUUAUCUCGCGCCGAAUCGAGCGCUCGUGAGCGAGAAGGCGAGAGAAUGGAAGCAGCGAUUGGGAAGGAUCGGUAUCACAUUCGUGGAGCUCACUAGUGAUCAGAAUUACAGAGGAGACGUGUGGGGAGAGAUUGAAAAUGUGGAUGUGAUUUUGGCGACGCCGGAGAAAUUUGAUCGAGUGACGCGCUUGGACGCGAACAGAGGAGGGAUGUCAUUCUUCAGCGACGUCGCCGCUGUGCUUAUAGACGAAGUGCAUCUCAUCGGUGACGAUCGUGGUGGAUGUUUGGAGGCCAUCGUGAGUCGUUUGAAGCUCUUGUCGAAGUCCGCGGCUCUCUUGCAGUCUCAUUUACGAAACGUGCGAUUCGGAGCGGUGAGCGCUACGAUACCAAACAUCGAGAAUCUUGCGCAGUGGCUCGAUGCCGGUCCCGAGGGCACUUUUGUGUUCGGAGAGGAGUUUCGACCAGUCAAGCUUCAAACUUUUGUGAGGAGUUUUCGAGACGCAACGAAUGACUUUCUCUUCAGCAAAUUCUUAAAGCAGCACGUCUACGGCGUGAUACAAGAAUUUUACCGAGGAAAGCAGACAAUCGUCUUCUUGGGUUCACGCGAUAACGCCCUGCAGACCGCGAAGGAAUUAGUCGUGGCUUCUCGCAACAAUGGUAACGUGUACGUAAAUCCGAGUUGUGCGCAUCUCCUGCAAGAGGCUGCGAGGCGAGCGAAGAACAAGGGUCUGGGUGAGUGCAUCGCCGCGGGCGUGGCGUUUCAUCAUGCCGGUCUGGAGCGAGAGGAUCGUGAGCUCGCUGAGCAGCUAUUUCGCGACCGUUUGAUUAUUGUUUUGUGCUCCACGAGCACGCUGGCCAUGGGCGUCAACCUUCCAGCAUAUUUGGCCGUCGUGGCUGGGACGCAAGUCUAUGACGGCGGCGGUACAUACAAAGAGCUUUCCAUGGAUAAUCUGCUUCAAAUGAUCGGUCGAGCCGGUCGUCCUCAGUACGACACCGAAGGUGUUGCUGUCGUGAUGACAAAGAAUUCUAUGCGAGGUCGUUACGAAGGUUUAGUGCACGGCCGAUUUCCACUGGAAUCAAGCCUUGGCGCUUCCUUGCCCGAGUACUUGAACGCAGAGAUAAGUUGUCGAACUAUCAACUCCAUUGACGACGCGUUCGACUGGGUCAAGAGUACAUUUUAUUACAUUCGAACUUCACACGCACCGCAAAAGUACGGAGUUCAGCGAGAUGCGGAAGACGCUGUGAAGCGAUCGAUUGAGUCAACGAUCCACGAACUCGUCUCUACUGGGAUGUGCGAAAUGGUUGGGAACUCAUUGCGACCGCUCAGGGCUGGUGACAUCAUGAGUCUUCGCUAUUUACGAUUUAACACGAUGAAGAAUAUUAUGAAGAAUGUCGCAAGUCCGACUUACGCGAACUUUCUGAAAAUGCUGUGUGAGAGCGAAGAGCUUUGCAACGUCAAGCUUCGUCGAGACGAACGAAAGUUGUUGAAGGAGCUCAAUCAAGAACAACGUAUCGUCCGAUUCCCGGUGCAGGAGGCGUCACCGAAGGGGAAGAAGUUAUCAAUUGCAAAAGUCAUCAGAACCGGGGGAGAAAAGCUGUAUCUCGUCGCGCAGUACGCUCUCACUGAUAUCAUUGAGCCGACGAUUUCGCUCCUACCGUCGAUGCGCAUGGAGGGCGAAAAGAUUUUCCAUCUGGGAACUCGCAUCAUGCGCGCGGCUUCGGAAUAUUAUCAGUCGGUGCAAUCGUUCUCUGCCGCGGUGAACGCAUUCGCUCUCGCCAAAGGGAUUGACGUGCAAAAGUGGCCAGACUCAAACAUGCACGUCUCACAGCUCAAGCACGCUCGAAUGAAGAACAUGGUCAAAAAGCUCGCCUUGGCGAAGAUCACGACAUUCCAAGACGUGGAAGCCGCUGACCCUCGACGAAUCGAAAUGAAGGUUGAAAAGCAAUUUCCCUUCGGGAACACGCUGCAGGGUGAUGUUAAGGACUUUCCGUCCGAGCUGAAGAUUAAGAUGUCUCAUCACGUCGUGUCAAAGGAGAUCUACAACAUCGACGUUACAAUUUCUUUCAAGGAUACUUCAUCGAGCAAACUGUGCACUAAUCACCUCCCUAAGAAAUAUCAAGGAACGAUAUUUGUCGGAAGCGAACACGAUGACCGGCUACUCUACAUUCAGCGGAUUCCAAUCAGAGAAUUCAAUGUAGAUUUGACUCAGGAAGCUUCCUCGGUCGUUUUGCACGGAAGAUUCAAUUGUUCAAAUGUUCCGGGUGACAACGCGCCGUUGUGCCUCAAGGCUCACAUCAUCUUCGAAGGCUGCGUUGGACGUGACAUUGAGGAAUACUACACGGUCGCGCGUGACGGAAAUCGAAGUCCCUGCACGCCGAACAAGAGUUCAUCAACACCGAUAUAUUCUUCUUCGCCAGCGAGAUUGAAGCAAACGACAAUCGUCAUGGACAAGCAGACUAAGCGCUAUCGGUUGGCGGGUUUGGACAAUGCCGUGCGCAAAAUUGUUGAUUUCGAGGAUUUCGAGAUGCCGAAUGAGGGAAGCUCGCCCAACUCUCGCUCUCGUAAGAAGUCUUUGCACAAGGAUGACAUAUGUAACCGAUGCGGACAGCAAGGACACUGGGCAAGCCAGUGCACGCUCCCGGACACGAGAUCGGAAGACGAGCGACCUGGCCCGAAACCUGGUGACCGCUGCCGAAAGUGCGGCGAACUGGGACACUACGCCAGAACCUGUCCAAUGGUGCUCGCCACUGAAACAGCGUUGCGAGGAACCGAUUCAGAUUCGCAAGACGACGAAAGCUGGGAUUUCAUCUUCUCAAGCUGA